AUGAGGUUGUUCCAGUGUUUAGUUGUUGUUGUAGCUUUUGAGUGUGUCAGGGCUUCUAGGGUGGGUAAUUUUGAGUUUAUAAAAAUUAAAAUUUUUUUUUAUUUUUAAAAUUUCAAAUUUUUUUUUCAAAUUUCAAAAAUUUCAACUUUUCAGGAUGACAUUUUAAAAGAUGGCUAUUUCGGUCCAGGAAGCCAGAAACCAGACAAUGAAGCCAUCGAAUCCUUCCACAUCAACACUCCAGAUUCCGUACUCGAUGACCUUAAGUACCGUCUCGAACAUGCCCGUAUUACCCAUACUCAACUUGAAGAUCAGAAGAACUACAACUAUGGUUUCUCUCUCAAGUCUCUGAAUGAGAUGAAAGACUACUGGCUGAAUGACUAUGACUUCCGUAAGGUCGAAAAAGAACUUGAGCAAUUUCCUCACUUCAAAACUGAGAUCGAAGGUCUGAAGAUUCAUUUCAUUCACGCUAAGCCGGAUUCUAACAAAUACAAGACCGUGAAGCCAUUGUUAGCUUCCCACGGCUGGCCUGGAAGUGUCCAUGAGUUCACCAAGGCUCUGCCAAUCUUCACCGACCCAAAAGCUCAUGGUAUUGAUGUUGACUACGCUUUCGAAGUCAUCUGCCCUUCAAUUCCCGGCUACGGAUGGUCGGAUGCUCCACAACGUUCCGGUCUACAUCAAGGUGCCGUAGCUCGAAUCUACAACAAACUCAUGAAGAGACUCGGCUUCAACAAGUACUUUGUUCAAGGUGGAGACUGGGGAUCUACUAUCGUGGGUAACAUCGCCAGGUUGUAUCCGGAUAAUGUAGAAGCGGUUCAUCUGAACAUGUUAGUCAGCGGAGACAAAAUGACAUUGUUAAAAAGUGCCAUUGGCUCAGCUGCUCCCAAAUUGUUCUUCAAACAUCCAGCCUUCAAGGACUUUACUGUGAAGAAAUUCUUGAACUUCUUCUUGAUUGAUGGAGGCUACUUCCAUCUGUUUGCUACGCUACCUGACACUGUUGGUAAGUUUGGGUAUAAAAUGUGAAAAAAGGCUUUGAAAGACAUUUUUAGGUAACAUUGUAAUGAAAAUGCUUUAAAUUUACGUAUAAAAACAAAAAACACCUUUUUUGGAAGUGAAAGUAAAGUGGAAGAUUUUCGAUGCAAUUUCCACUGAAAAUCUUCCACCGAACUUCCACUUUUAAAAUUUCUGAAAACUGUUUUUUUAAACCAUAUAUUUAUUCAAAACCUAUCUAAAACAGCAUUUUCUUACAUUUAAAUCCUUUUCUAACAUCAUUUUCUAAUCAUUUCAUACCAAAAACCAAUGUUAAUAUAGACUUGCACUUCCAGGUAUCGCCCUGAACGACUCCCCAAUCGGAAUGAUGGCCUGGAUCUUGGAAAAGUUUUCUCUAGGCACAAACUCCAAGAAUAAGCAAUUUGAAGACGGUAAAUUGACAGAAAGAUUCACUAAAGAAGACUUGAUCACGGCUGUCAUGAUAUACUGGGUCAAUGGUAAUAUGCUUCAAUCUGCUCGAUUCUACAAGGAAUUGUUGACUUCUAAGGAUGCACAGAACUUGCAAAAGUAGGUCUUUAAAAUUUUUAAUUAGAAAUGGCAUAAAAAUUUUUUUUACAUUUUUGGUUUUUGCACGGUGAAAUUUUUUAAAUUUGUUAAAAUUUGACGCAUUUUUGUUUUUCGCAAGUUUUUAAAAAAACUAAAAAUAAAAAAUUUAAAAAACUAAAAAUAAAAAUAAAUUUUAAAUUUAAAAAUAAUAUUUUCAAAAAUUUUUAUAAAAUCUUUAGUAUUUUUUACACUGUGCAAAGACAAAACAUGUUGCACUGUGCAAACUUUAUUAUUCACUGCACCGUGCAGUCCCUCUUAACACAAUAUAAACUAAACUAAUCACAUAUUUCUUAUUCUAGUGAAAAAAUCAAAGUCCCCACAGCCUAUUUGGCCUGUGUUAACGACGCCGUCCCAGCAUUGCCUCAGGAAAUCGCUAAAGUCGCUGUCAACCUACAACAAUAUAACACUAUUGAUGCCGGUCACUUCGCCGCUAUGGAGAAACCUGACGAUUUGGUUAAGGACUUUUUCAAUUUUACGAAGAAAUACGUACACUAA